AUGGGGAUAAGGCCCUGCACCCAUACAGAAGGCAGAAAGGCGGUGAGAGCGGGAGCGUGUCUGUCCCCUCCUGCGGGGACACUGUCACAGCACCACCGCCCUGCCCGCUGCUCCGCUCUCCAGCAGGAGCCCCCGGGGCUGUCCCGCUGUCCCGAGUGGGAGUCCCACCCGAGCCCUCACCGAGCCCGGGCGGGGUUGCGCUCCCCGGGCCGCCUCCUCCGGGCGGGCGCCUGCUUUGAACAGGCCUGGGGGCAGCCCCGCUCGCAGAUAAACGGAGCAUCAAUCGCACCGCAGCCCCGGCGCCUCCCGCCGCGGGGCCGGGCCGGGCCGCCGCGGAACCAGAGCAGAGCCGGAGCAGCUCCGAAGCGGAGCCGCGGCCGGGGUGGUUCCGAAGCGGAGCUGCAGCCGGAGCGGAACCGGGGCCGUUCCGAAGCUGAGCCGCGGCUGGAACAGAACCGAGGCGGUUCCGAAGCGGAGCCGCAGCCGCAGCAGAACCGGGGCGGUUCCGGAGCGCAGCAGAACCGCAGCAGAACCGGGGCGGUUCCGAAGCGCAGCAGAACCGCAGCAGAACCGGGGCGGUUCCGAAGCGGAGCAGAACCGCAGCAGAACCGGGGCGGUUCCGAAGCGGAGCAGAACCGCAGCAGAACCGGGGCGGUUCCGGAGCGCAGCAGAACCGCAGCAGAUCCGGGGUGGUUCCGGAGCGCAGCAGUACCUCAGCAGAACCGGAGUGGUUCCGGAGCGCAGCAGUACCUCAGCAGAUCCGGGGCGGUUCCGAACCGCGGCCGUCCCUCCCUGCCGCCCCCGGCGCUGCCGCCAGAGGGCGCCGCCCCCGCCCCGAGCGGCCCCGCGGGAGCGCCGCGCCCGCCCCGCGAUUCACUGAAUUUGGGGCUGGUGUAG